AUGGCUCACACUUAUGAUGUUGGAACAAAAGCGUGGCAGCCAGACGCCACAGAAGGCUGGGUGGCAUCCGAAUUGACUUCGCAGAGAAAAGAGGGCAACAAGGUCUAUCUAACCUUCACUCUAGAGAAUGGCGAGAUCAGAAUUAUUGAAACAACUUCCGAGAUGCUGGAAAAAAACAGUGAUCCGAACCUACCCCCCCUCAUGAAUCCAGCCAUGCUCGAGGCAAGCGAUGAUCUAACAAAUUUAUCUCAUCUGAAUGAGCCUGCAGUGUUACAGGCUAUCCGGCUACGAUAUCUACAGAAAGAAAUUUACACAUAUAGCGGAAUUGUACUUAUAGCUACAAAUCCCUUUGCCCGGGUGGAUUCGCUUUAUGUCCCGGGUAUGGUUCAGGUAUACGCUGGAAGACAGAGAGAAACGCAGGCUCCACAUCUUUUUGCAAUUGCGGAAGAAGCCUUUGCUGAUAUGUUAAGAAGCGGAAAUAAUCAGACUGUGGUGGUAUCUGGAGAGUCUGGUGCCGGAAAGACAGUUAGCGCCAAAUAUAUUAUGCGAUACUUUGCUACCAGAGAAGCGCCAGAUGACUCUGGCUCCAAGCCAAAACGGGGAACCGAAGCAAUGAGUGAGACUGAGGAACAGAUUCUUGCUACUAACCCCAUCAUGGAAUCUUUUGGAAACGCUAAAACCACGCGAAACGAUAACUCUUCUAGGUUUGGAAAAUAUAUUGAAAUUAUGUUUGAUGAGAAAACCACUAUUAUCGGCGCAAGAAUAAGAACCUAUCUUCUUGAGCGAUCCCGACUCGUCUUUCAACCUUCAAGAGAACGAAAUUACCAUGUCUUCUAUCAGAUGGUCGCAGGUGCAUCAAGUGAAGAACGCCAGCAGUGGAGCUUGUUGACUGUGGAGGAAUUUACCUAUCUAAAUCAAGGUAAUUCUACGACAAUUGAUGGAGUAGAUGAUAAAGCCGAAUUUGAGGCAUUAAAAAAAUCCUUGUUGACUAUUGGUGUAAAUCCUAAUCAACAGGCGGCUAUAUUUAGGUUACUAGCAGCAUUACUACAUCUUGGUAAUGUUAGUAUUAUGCCCACUCGAUCUGAUUCCGCUUUAUCGUCAACUGAGCCGUCUUUGAUUAAAGCAACAAACCUACUAGGAGUUGAUCCAGUCGAAUUUGCCAAGUGGACCGUGAAAAAACAAUUGGUAACUCGAGGAGAGAAAAUUGUAUCCAAUUUAACCCAACAGCAAGCAAUAGUUGUCCGGGACUCUGUUGCCAAGUUUAUCUAUUCCAGUCUAUUUGACUGGCUUGUAGAAAAUAUAAAUCAUGCUCUGGCUGCCGAGGAAGUAUUAAGUCGGGUUAAAUCAUUUAUUGGAGUCCUAGAUAUUUACGGAUUUGAACACUUUGCUAAAAACUCUUUUGAACAAUUCUGCAUCAAUUACGCGAAUGAAAAGUUACAACAAGAAUUUAAUGCUCAUGUCUUCAAGCUAGAACAGGAAGAAUAUCUCAAAGAACAGAUAGACUGGACAUUUAUUGACUUCUCUGAUAAUCAGCCUUGCAUAGAUCUUAUAGAAGGAAAGCUAGGAAUCUUAUCCCUCCUAGACGAGGAGUCAAGGCUUCCCAUGGGCUCAGAGGAACACUUUGUCAACAAGCUCCACCAGCACUAUGCGUCUGACAAGCAUAAAUUCUACAAGAAGCCGCGAUUUGGGAAAACGUCGUUCACGGUCUGUCACUACGCUGUCGAUGUAACCUACGAAUCAGACGGAUUUAUAGAUAAGAAUCGGGAUACUGUUCCAGACGAACAUAUGGCUAUUCUCAGAGCUUCAAGUAACGAAUUCCUUGGACAGGUCCUCGAUGCGGCAAUCGCUGUGCGGGAGAAAGAUAAUGCAUCUGCGACUUCUGCCGCUGUAAAACCUGUCCCUGGUCGCAGAAUAGGUGUGGCCGUCAAUCGAAAACCCACAUUGGGGGGUAUAUUUAAGUCAUCAUUGAUAGAAUUGAUGCAUACCAUAAACAAUACAGAUGUUCACUACAUUCGAUGUAUUAAGCCCAAUGAAAGCAAAUCGGCAUGGGCUUUUGAAGGUCCUAUGGUUCUCAGUCAGUUGCGGGCUUGCGGUGUCCUCGAGACCGUUCGAAUUAGCUGUGCUGGAUACCCUACCCGCUGGACAUUCGAGGAAUUUGCAUUAAGAUACUAUAUGCUUGUUCCUUCAACUGAUUGGACCCCGGAAAUUCGCCUUAUGGCAAACAAAAUUCUUACCAAGGCUUUUGGCACAAGUGAGGAGAAAGGAUUAGACAAAUAUCAGCUCGGCUUAACAAAAAUAUUCUUUCGUGCGGGAAUGUUAGCGUUCCUUGAGAAUCUUAGAACUAAUCGACUGAAUUGUUGCGCUGGUAUAAUUCAGAAGACUUUGAAAGGUAGAUUAUAUCGCAGUAAAUAUUUAAAAGCGCGAAAGUCUAUAUUGGACUUCCAGUCUGUGGCUAGAGCCCACGUUGCUCGACAUCAUGCCCAAGAGACCCGGACCAUUAGAGCUGCAACAUCAAUUCAACGUGUCUGGCGAGGACAGAGAGAGCGAAAAUAUUUCCGUUCUAUUCGGGAUAAUAUAAUUCUAGCACAAGCUACCUCAAGGGGAUAUCUGUGUAGAAGAAAAAUUAUGGAUACGCGUAUCGGAAACGCUGCAGUGAUAAUUCAAAGAGCAUGGCGAUCUCGAAAACAGAUGAAAAGCUGGCAACAAUACCGACGCAAGGUGGUUAUAAUUCAAAGUUUAUGGAGAGGUAGAAUGGCACGUAGGGAAUACAAAAAAGUCCGAGAAGAGGCUCGCGAUCUUAAGCAAAUUUCUUAUAAGCUUGAAAACAAGGUCGUUGAACUCACACAAUCCUUGGGAACCAUGAAACGGGAAAACAAAUCUCUUCUUAGCCAAGUCGAAAACUACGAGAACCAGAUAAAGUCAUGGAAACUCAGACAUAAUGCUCUCGAAUCUCGAUCUAAAGAGCUACAAGGUGAGGCCAAUCAAGCCGGAAUUUCGGCAGCUCGUCUUUCGGCAAUGGAAGAUGACAUGAAAAAGCUGCAAUUUAACUUUGAUGAGUCGGCAUCGAACAUCAAACGAUUGCAAGAAGAAGAGAAAGAGUUGCGAGAGACUUUAAGGAUAUCAACUGCCCAGUUGGAGGAAACAAAAAAGUUAAGUACAGUCCAUGAAACUGAGAAAAUCAACCUUCGACAACAGCUUUCAGAGCUGCAGGACCAACUUGAACUUGCCAAGCGCGCAGUACCAACUUUGCCUGACUCUGCCAAUGGCACCUCUACGCAACAGCUCCCUAGUGGUCUCAUCAACCUGGUCUCUUCGAAAAAGCCAAAGCGGCGUAGCGCCGGAAUCGAGCCUCGGGAAUUAGAUAGGUUCAGUGCAGCAUUUAAUCCUCGACCUGUUUCAAUGGCGGCACCAGGCUCUAAUCCGAGCCGUCAAGCGCUUAGCUCAACCUUUCUUCCUAGCUUAGAUAACAUUGAAUUUGAGCUUGAGAAUCUACUUGCUGACGAAGAGGCCCUCAAUGAGGAAGUUACAGUGGGACUUAUUCGAAAUCUCAAGAUUCCUGCCCCUACAUCAACACCAGCUCCAACAGAUAAAGAAGUAUUGUUUCCGUCUUACCUCAUUAAUCUCGUUACAUCUGAAAUGUGGAAUAACGGGUUCGUGAAGGAAUCCGAAAGAUUCUUGGCAAAUGUUAUGCAGUCUAUUCAGCACGAAGUUAUGCAACAGGAUGGAGACGAAGCUAUAAAUCCAGGUGCUUUCUGGCUAUCAAAUGUACAUGAGAUGCUAUCCUUUGUUUUCCUUGCAGAAGAUUGGUAUGAGGCUCAAAAGUCAGAUAACUAUGAAUAUGAUCGCCUUCUAGAAAUUGUCAAGCACGACCUUGAGAGUCUUGAAUUUAACAUAUAUCAUACGUGGAUGAAGGUUCUUAAAAAGAAACUGCACAAGAUGAUUAUCCCUGCCAUAAUCGAAUCCCAGUCACUUCCAGGCUUUGUUACGAACGAGAGCAACCGAUUUUUAGGUAAAUUGCUUCAGAGCAACUCUGCACCAGCCUUCAGUAUGGACAACUUAUUAAGCUUAUUAAACAAUGUGUACAAAGCUAUGAAGGCCUAUUACCUCGAGGAAUCUAUCAUAACACAGACCGUUACGGAGCUUCUAAGGCUGGUUGGUGUAACAGCUUUCAAUGAUCUUCUUAUGCGCAGGAAUUUUCUCUCCUGGAAGCGAGGACUCCAAAUAAACUACAAUAUAACUCGUAUUGAAGAAUGGUGUAAGAGUCAUGAUAUGCCAGAGGGAACCCUACAGCUUGAACACUUAAUGCAAGCAACCAAGCUAUUGCAGCUCAAGAAAGCUACCUUAAACGAUAUUGAAAUUAUUCAGGAUAUAUGUUGGAUGUUGUCUCCGAAUCAGAUUCAAAAGUUGUUGAACCAGUAUCUUGUCGCUGACUACGAACAACCUAUUAACGGCGAAAUAAUGAAAGCUGUUGCCUCUCGCGUUACUGAAAAAAGUGACGUGCUCCUUUUGACUGCCGUUGAUAUGGAUGAUAGCGGGCCAUAUGAAAUUGCAGAGCCCCGGGUGAUAACUGCGCUAGAGACAUACACACCAUCAUGGCUUCAAACUCCACGCUUAAAGCGGCUCGCGGAGAUUGUAUCAGCACAAGCUAUUGCACAACAAGAAAAGCUCGAGACCCAGAUUGAUGAAGAACUCAGCGACAGCGAACUUAAUGGGGCAUAA